GUUUAACGAAUAAAUGUUGGUAUAAAUGAUAACUAAAGUUUCAAGGUCAGGUUUUUGGAUUGCUUGAUCGUUUUAAGAUUGACAAGCCUUCUCACUUCUUCAAUAAUGUACAAGGAAUUCUGCAGUAUUGCUAUACAGACGGAUGACUURGGCUGCAACAAUGGCUGUACUUCAAUUUACAUUGACACAGAACCAKGUGCUGUCCAAACCAAACACCCUCCAGUUAAUGUUCUAAACAAAAAACUGGAGAGAAUUCCUCAACACGUCRAAAUAGGAAGCAAUGAGGGUAGAUCAGUUCCUGGCAAUARUAAAGAAUCAUGUGACACACCAAAUACUUUUCCUGGGCAAAAUGUAGAGUAUGAUUUGGUAAAUGUUGAACAUAGAUUUGAAUAUAGUGUUAAAUAUGCUGAAUUUUGUGACAUUCCAAAUGCCUCAGACCACAAUGAAACUAAAGMAAUGGCUACUGGUUCUGCCAUAUGCAUUUCACCAGCAUUACAUGCACAACAAUGCCAGCAAACUGAAGAUGGCAGUAAUGCUGAAAGCUAUGAAGAUGAUAACUGUUGCCACAGAAGGGGAUUAACAAGCAAAAGUCACUCUAAAAAGGAGCAAACYUACAACAAAAUACACUCAAAAGGAGUUCAAGAGUCAAGUGUUUCAGAAGGAGAAAAUGAAUUUUGCAAUGCACAAGAGCCAAAUAGUGACACAAAUUCAUUGAUACCAGUAUGUGAAUCUGAUUUUGAGAAAUCAAAAGCUAUAACUGGAAAUGCAUGCAGUGAAGCUCAAGGGAAAAGUGAAGUAGAUAAAAAUAACCAUGAUACACAUGAUGAAGGACAUCUUGUGGAGCAGGGAAGUUCUUCCCGGCAUGCUGAUAGCUUAGUGGUAUAUUCUCAGUCUGAUACCAAUAGCACUGRAACAAAUACUAAAAGCCAGGACAUCAACACUGACUCACCUCAGAGGAAGCCAUCUUUGUCAUGUUCUUUUUGUGGUAAAGAGUUUAGAGGCAGGUCCAAGCUUCUUCGUCAUCUUAGAGUCCAUACUGGUGAAAAACCAUUUACAUGUCUUCAUUGCCCAAAGAAGUUUGGACAAAAGACACAUUUAAACAAUCAUUUGAAAAUACACAACAAUGAAAAGUCCUUUCACUGCUCUUAUUGUGAAAAGAAAUUCAGAGACAAAACUUGUUUCAAAUACCAUCUUAAAACUCAUACUGGAGACAAUCUUUUUGAAUGUCCACAAUGUAAGAAAAGAUAUCCMAGACAAUGUGACAUGACAAGGCAUUUGAAAGURCACACAGGCGAGAGACCUUUUGGAUGCUCACAGUGUGGAAGGAAGUUUACAUAUAAACAUGAUUUGAAAAGGCACCAACGUGUUCAUACUGGAGAGAAGCUUUUUGGAUGCUCAGAUUGCAACAAAAGGUUUGCACGAAAAAGUGACCUAACAAACCAUGAAAGAAUUCAUUCUGGUGAAAAACCUUUUAGCUGUCCACAUUGUGACAAAAACUUUACUCAGAGGCAACACCUACGACAACACAUUCGUGUCCACACUGGAGAAACACCACAUGAGUGUGGUCAUUGCGAAAAGAAGUUCAGUCAAAGAAGUGGGUUAACWGCGCACCUCAGAGUUCAUUCUGGUGAAAAGCCGCACCAGUGCACUUACUGUGAGAGAAAAUUUGCAGACAAGCGAACAUUAAAAAAGCAUGUUGAGAUUCAUGAAUUGCACGCAGAGGUCAAGUCUUCUGAAUGCUCACUGGUUCAAAGGAAAGCUGACAGUUAGUUGUCAAUGAUAUUCAGGGAUGUCAACCCCAGAGCUUUAUAUAUCUGGAGAAAUUGCCUCGAUUAUGUGUAUGACGUCACACCAUGUGAAUGACGUCAUCACAAAUAACGUUGCAUAAUCAGUUUAAUAUAUUUUUCAUGCGCGAGUAUACGUAAGCAACGCCUGUAGGUAUUUCGUUCCGUAUCGAAAGAUCGAGGAAACRUGACAUAAUUCAUUGAAGGUUUUCUUUGAAAAUAAAAAUCUACA